AGCUCUCCCCGGCGCCCCCAACUUCAUCUCCUUCCAACAUCAUCAAACAAUUUAUGACCAUGAACGCGUGCAAGAGAAUGUUGCCCGGCCUGCGCUCCGUCGCAACCAAGUCGGCAUUUGUCCCGGCGCGGAGCUUUUCGGUCUCUCCCUUCAUGAAGGAAGCGGCGCACACUCUGCCUACGAAGAAGCCCGUGGGCGCGUUUCGCGGAGGUCUGUUCGGAUUCCUUACUGGCGCGAUGGCUGCCAGCGCUGGAGUCUACUUCUAUGUCCUGGGCGAGUACAGGAUCGCGAACGAGAUGCUGACAGAAGAUAUCAUCGCUCUUCAAGGAGCUACACAAAAGCUGCAGACGUACAUUGGUGAACUAGAAAGGAAGGUGGACCAGUUGCAGAAGAAGAAAUAAGCUUGAACAUUCUCAUUAAUGCUGAACUUAUUACCCCGUUCAUUCAAUUCUUCCAUUUGUUUGCUCUGCGACAUUCAUAUUCCCUUUUGCUGUUCUACCGCGCAAUUUCAUCCUCGGUUCCCAGCAUCAAUCAUGUUGUUUUAGUUCCAAUUGCAGGGUCUGGCACAGAUGAGCGCCAGGAGUAAAACAGCGACAGAGGAUCGCGUAAUGAACCAACAGCCCUGUAUACGAACAGUAUUUAUCUAUAUGUACACUAAUACCAG